GCUCAGAUCCGGAUGACAAACAUGGCGGUUUGCCCUGCCCGACAAAAAUACCUCGAAUUUUGCAUAUUUUGAGAAGAAAAAAUAUAAUAAAAGCAACAUUGUGAUUCUACCAGACCAUAAUCAAUGCUGUCAGUCUACACAAAGUUUUGAAUUGGUUUCACAUCGAAUCAUUUUUGGCGUCAUGAGAUCUCUCCGUGAGACUACUAUUUGGAAAGCUGCUUGAGGUCAAACAACACAAUUAAGAUGGACUUGAAAUCUAGUUCUUCUAGUAUUAGUAGUAGUACCAUUACUGACAAUCGAGGACGCCCAACAUCACGUGGAAGCGGUGGCAGUUCACCACUCACUCGUGAGCGUUCACGGUCCAGUUGCCGAACUGACGUUUUCUUGCCGAAGAGCAGCCAUAUCCAUGUAAAGAGGCAGGAAUCUGAUCGUAGUAAUCGUGACAGAAUCACCAGAUUCGCAAGCCCUUCGCGUGCCGAAUUUAACCGCCACGAGGUUAUUGUACCUCGUGUUCAGCAGUCCUACCAUACUAGUUUAUCUGCUGUCGUCCCAGCGCAGAGAUUCAAUGCUGAUAAAGAAAACCAUGAUGACUAUGCCUCAUCGGAGGGUUCAUCUUAUUUAAACACAAGUCAUGAGAGCGAUAAGGGUUCGUUUUACUCCGAAGUAGAGGGGGCAAAUUAUUGGAACAGUCGACGCAAUGCAAGACCGUACGCAAGUCUUCCUGUGUCGCAGGGACACAUUUUGAAUGAUCGUGUUCAAGCAUUGAAUCGGCGUGCCGAUGAACUGAUAAGGGAUCACUGCUUAGAACAAGAGCGCUUCCGUCAAGAACUCUACGAUAUUGCCACUGGUAAACCACCAAGGAUGUCUCAGAAUAGCAAUGAUACUCCUAGCAGCUGUGGAUCUUCUCCCCUGAAGUCUCCGAGUCCAAGUAAAAGUCCACCGGGACAUCGAAUGGGCUGCAGUACGCCAAAAUCUAAGGAUGAAAACGCCAAUAAUAAUGGUGACUAUUCGCAAUCAUCUGGUGAUUCAUUAAUGCAGAGCGCUUCCGUCAGUGACUCUGCACUACAAAAUGGUGCUGUCGGUGUUGGUCCGUCAUCCAACGCACUAGGUUCGAAAGAGGUCAAGGUGUCUAGGUCGGCGUCCGAGCGGAGCCAUUGCACGACAAACGGCAGUGCCAAAGAUAACUUCAGCAAACGGACAGUUGGACCGCAAUAUUAUUAUCACGAGAAGAAAGUUACGUAUUAUGAUCUCGUUGAGAAAUUUGGUGACAUUGGAGAUGAUCCCGAGGCCAGGGUGGCUAUGAAAGAACUGGGGAUGCUGAAAGGGAAUGAGUCGGGCGAGGAGCCCCAUUCUGUCCCUAGCACGCCGAAAUCUAGCGUGAAAUCCGAGACCCGGUCAGAUCAUGACACAGUCUCUACUACGUCCAGUAAAAAGUCACUUGCGGUCACAAUUUCUAACUUCAUUAAGAAGAUGUCACCGAGGAUGCACCGUAAAUCAUCGCGCUCGUCGGAAAGAAGUUGCAACGAUGACGGGAAUUCUUCUGGUUGUUCUAGUGUCUCGGGCAGCCCAGCGCAUAAACCGUCGCGAUCGAAGAGUCCUUUGUCUUCGCCCAUUCGAAAACUGAUGGGGCAUUCUGGGAGGCGUUCGCGUGAACAGUCGCCGGUUUCCGCGUCCAGAAGCAAUAGCUCAGAAAAUGACUCAGGCGAUCGAUCGGAGAGUAGUAGUCAGAGAUCAGACAAGUCUGGUCAAAAGUUUGACAAUAAUACACGAGUUAUGUUGAAGUCGAUUGAGGACAAUAAGAAAACAGAAAAAAGUGUGUAUCAGAAUUUUAAGGGGAGACAAAAGUCUGGUGAUGCAGAGCAGAAGCCUAAGCGUGUUGAGAGUAAAUCGGGUGAGGUUGAAAAGCAGCCGAUCCGUGUGAAGAAGGCGAGUGAUCCUGAGGCGCCUACAGUGAUGAUAUCCGAGGUCUCCGCGAUGGCUCAACCGAUGCGCUCACCGCCGCCGCCGCAGAGUCUGAACAUCCGAAGUAUCGCACGAUUGUCGAAGAAGGGCAUGAAGAGCACGGUGUCGAAUGAUUCCAUCGGAGAAUGUUCCUUGGAUGUGACGAUGACAGGGAGUGAACCCUCCAUUGCCAGUGGUAAUGGUCACCACUCCAGCUCUGUCUCAAAGCACACCCUGCUUAGCCAGGAUAAUAUUGGCGCCCCCAUAGGGCAGAAUGCGCACCACCAGAGCAGCUCAGAUUCGGAGCUAACGAACAUUGCCGCGCAAACGGAAAGAGACGAUUCGGGCAAAGUCCAGUCAUAUGUUCAUUUAAGUUGUGCAUUAGGCGGAUACAAUUCUAGUAAUAAAUAUACGACAUAUUCGCCGGACGAUAAGAAGGUCGGAAAAAACAAUUCAGCGUCUAGUCUAGUUAAGGGUGAUGGGGUUAAGAUUGAAGUGAACGGGAAGGUGCCAGAAGUGAAUGGGCAUGUUUGCGUGCCGGAACAGAACGGUAGCGCGCAGCGCGAUUCGGUGAUACAGGAUGAUGAUGUGUUUGUCACAGGCACGCAGACGGCCGAUCGGACAGUCACGAAACCGCCGCAGAAUAUGGUGAUUUCGCGCCAACCGGUCGCAACGUCGGCGAGUGGCGAUGCGGGAAAUAGACUGAGUAGCAGUGGUGAUAAACACGUUGUGAUAUCGACGGAACCUGGACAUAUCCCAGAUUCAAAUAGUUUGGAUAAAUCUACAGCAAAGGAUGGCAAUUAUUACCUUGAUGUGGUGCGGCGAGAGACGGUGGCACUCGAAGCGUUAAGCGCUCGAGCGGAGGAAGAUUUAAAAACACUGGAAACGAAUCCAGAUGUUUCUGAAGAAGUGUGUGGCAUCAUCAGGGCAGCUAUAGGAAAAGCUAAAUUAUUAGUGACACAGAAAUUUGAACAAUUCAAGGGACUUUGUCAUGAGAAUUUGACUCAAGAUCCCAGCAAAUCCCUCCGAACAACAUCUGAAGACCUUGGCGGGUUCUGGGACAUGGUCAUGUUGCAAGUUGAAGACGUACAGAAUCAGUUCCAAGAUAUCAACGAAAUGAAAAAUAACAGAUGGAAGGUGGUAGUCAAAGUGGUAACAGUGAAAAGAACUCUUAGUUCCUCAAGUCAGAAAUCUAACGAUGGCAGUCAUGCAGAGACGAAAACUGGUGUUGCGAGGCCGAAAACGCCUCGUGGUAACACGGCCCCGAAACCAACAAAGACGAAAGUAGCAGCUGAUAGAGACAAGGCCCGUGAAGAGGCGAGGAAACGAUUAAUGGAGGCGAAAAAAGCUGCGCGGCGAAAGCGUAUGAAUAGUCAAUCGAAUGACGAGGUCGAGAUAUUUAUUUCCGACCCGCACACGACGGCACCAGCUAAUUGAUUCAAGAGUCACCCGGUGGUGGCAAUGUAAACUAAAGUGACUCUGUCCAAAAAUGUUGUGCACUUGAAUGGUUGGGUUGUGUGCCUUGAAAAUUGAUGAAUUUUACACUUUUAGGGGACCAUGUGCUUAAUUUAAAAAGAGAUAAAUAGGCAUUCGAAGUAAUUUUGAGAAAAUAUUUAGGAUUUUGUAACCAAGGGUUAUGGAUAGUGUAAGAAAUUCAAACAAAUGAUGCAACUACUGACUAGUCGCAGAGAAUGUUUUCCAAACUGUUAAUCUUCCCAAAGAAUGGAAUGUAGCCUGUGUUUUGUUGGAGAGUUUUAAUACUGUGGUAAUAUUUUAUUGAAUGUUGAAACGCUUUUGUUUGGGUGUUUGCUAGAGAUAAGUGUUCAACAUUGUUGUAAACAGUGUGCAGUUGUCUCGUGAGAGCACAUUCUUCUGUCCUAAUGCAGUUUGUGUGCACCCGCCACCUUUGAUGCCUGUUGGGAUGGUUUGGGGCUCACUAAUGGAGGAUGCUGGAAUGUUGUUAUGUCCGUUACAUCAGUGUCGCUUCAGUAGAGAAGAAACAGGAUCUCAAUUUGGUGCCAAAAGCGUGUUGGACAACUGACUGUACCAAUUUAUUUUCUACACCCAAGUCAAAAUGUACAAUCAUUUUUGAUUUGCCAGUGUAUACGCUCAGGUACCCCUAGUAUUGUAAAACUUUCCAGAAGGUCAAAAUUCACAAUGAAUUUUAUAAUACUUUUUAAGAAAAGGUAAUGCUUGCAUCAAACCCUCAAAAUGCAUUUAUUUUCUUGGAUAAUUUCGGCAAAGUAUUACUAGGCUUUGUAGGCACAUGUUGGCUUGUGUUUUCAGAGUUGCUUUUAUAGUCUGCUUGUGCUUCAUUUAGAGCUUUGAAACUGGGCGGGUCCAUAGACUAAUUUUGAAUUCUGAAAAUAUGCAGAACACUUCGUGUGUUGAAUCUUUCUUUUAAUAAACUCUAUUAGCUUCUGUCUGAUUUUUUUGGCUGAGAUAUAUUUGCUAUCGUCAAAGACAUCAAAUGCGUUUUCUUAAGAAAUUGUUUAAAAUUGCAGCACGAUUAAUACCAAAUGUAAUUUGUUUUUGAAAUAAGCGAUUUUUGAGCCAAAUUAAUCGUGACCUCAAUAAAUCAUACUUUUUGUGGAAUAACUUCAAGGUCAUUGUUUGUGUUAAUGACCUUGACCUUUGAUGGCUAUUGUUAUAAUGGAAAUGAAAUAUUUUGUGACCUUUCAUAAUUGUAUGUGCGCGAAGAUUGCCCUCGGAUUGGCCCUUGUCCCUUUUCUAUACAUUUCCUGUGUCGAGGGCAGUUCUUGAAUGCAUUUGAAAAUGUACACAAACAUUCUACCACCAUCUGUAUUGCCCUCUGAAUACGAACUAUGUGCCUGCAUUUGUGACAUCUGCCAGAAUUAUGGGCAUAAUAUGUUACAAGUCUCUGACCUUACACAGGUUUUCCAGCUUAAUGAGGAGUACUUACCUUGGAAAUUGAAUAGCUUGCCAUAUUGCUGUGAGUGUGUCACAGACCUCGUCAUUUAGGCGCAGGCAUAUCGCCAGAUGUUUCAGGAUGUGACACAGCAGCCCAACAUCUCAGAAGAGUGUGGUCUCCGCGCAAAGACGUAUCUGAAAAUGAUCCUUUUAAAUGAAAUGUUGGAUAAAUGAAAACCAGUUAGUGUACAUUAUAGUGUACCAAUAUCAGAUAAUUUAUAUGUAUAAAUUUGUAACCUGCAUGUUUCUCAUAGAGGAAUAUAUUGUACCCGGUAAAGCCUAUUAUUUUUGUGGCCCUGGUGUUGUGAUCAACGGAUGCGGAAUAACCUGGUAUCUAUCCAGCAUUUACUAUUAAAUUGACAUGGAUGUAAAGAAAUAACUGGCUACUCUACCCUGUAGAGUAGAUGUACUAGACUACUGGGCAGCAGUGAUCCACUAAAUUUGCACUCUGUUGCACCCAAGUUCUUCAUAAAAAAUAUGUGAUAGCUAUCAUGUUCCAUAUGCAGUCAGUCCCGGCUGGUUUUAGUUGAAUUCUGCCUGACACAAGGUCACAAGUAUGAUGCGCUGUACCAUGUUUACAGUAUUUGUAAAUAAAUAUGUAACUAUUUUGGGCCGGGAGUGAAGAACUAUUUUGCGGAUGCCAUGUUUUUUCUCCGCACCACUCUCUGCCUGAAUUCGGUGAAGUUUCGUUCAAUAUGGCUGUGACAUUUACUGUUGGAUUUUAGGGAUGUUUUGGCUAACUUUAGUCACCCUCUCGUGUAGCAGUAAUUUUAAAUCGUUUUAAAAAUGAAGAUCAUCUUAUUUGCAAUAUAUAAUCGUGAUCACAAAACCAUUUUAUUCUUCUCUGGUUAAGUUCGAGUGUACUAGUAGCCCAGACUAUAAGCUGUUAAUUGAUAAUCCAGGAAUUUGUAGUAUGUAAUUUGAAUUGAAUCUACAUCAGAGGCGAUUUUUAAAUUCUGUUUUAUUUGAGCCUUAAAGUUUGUAUGGUUUGAAAGAAGGCUGGGUGAUUGAAGUUAGUCCUCGGGCCGUUUGUUACAAAAUUUCUGAAAAUAGAAUGAAUUGUCCUCCCUGCAAAAUGAGUUAAUUUAUUUUGCUUUUCUGCCAAUUAUAGAGACGAUUCUUGAUUGUCUACUUUAACCUCCUCAUGACUGUUUUAGUCAUUAUGAGAGCCUGCUUAUCCUUAUAAUCCAACCAUUUCUAUGGUCAUUUCUGUCGGGCGUGAAGAGCCCCGCGAUCAGCCAAUUAUGUGUACAAAGUCUGGACCAGUUCUUGGUAUAUGUAUAAAGUUUAUAUACAAGGGGUGCCCCUUGAAUGAUUGUUCGAAUAAACUCAGAGCUGAGUGUGAAAUAA